UUGUGACUUAAAAUUCUGAGAAAAAACUGGUAACUAGUUCAAAAUCAUAGAAACCAUGAGUUAAUGACAAGACGAAGACGAGACUUCACACUCUGAGUCGUUGCAGGACUUGCUCAUUAUAUAUCAAAUAUUAGUUUUUAUCAUCACAACCCUCCUCAAAAUGUUAUGCUGGUUGGCUCUAAAUAUUGCAGUAGUGUUCAUAUUGAGACCGUGAUCAUCAUUCGUGAUCUCUCUUACUUUUCUAUCUUCUUUGUUCUCCACAUAUGUUAAGGCACAUAUUAACAAUGGUAACAAGUCGAUUUUUCCUCUUGCAAACAAGGUUGUUGCUGGUAUACUACUGUUGUAUUGCUAGCUUUGCUAUAGUGGUAGCAGUACAAACCAGCGAUGUCUCCACAGAUGAGUCUGCUCUUCUUUCUCUCAAAGCCAGCAUCACCAUUGAAGGUCAAAACAUGAUCUUCACCGACUGGUCCACCAACAACAUUUGCAACUGGGCUGGGGUUACUUGUGGUGCAAGCCACCGUAGAGUCGAGGUCUUGGACCUGUCUUACUUUGGUCUUUCAGGCACCAUUCCUGCGGAGCUAGGUAACCUGUCAUUUCUUGUUGAUCUGGACUUCACAAAUAACAGCUUCCAAGGUCCCUUGCCCCAAGAAUUGUCUCGUCUACACAGGUUGAAGUUCCUUAGCUUUGGACUCAACAACUUUGGGGGAACAAUUCCAUCAUGGUUUGGGUCCUUGUCCAAACUUCAAACCUUGGAUUUGUACGGUAAUCAAUUUUCAGGUUCCAUGCCCGCUGCCAUCUUCAACUUAUCUGCACUACAAGUAAUAGAUCUCAAAAAUAAUAAUCUAUCGGGUAGCAUACACAAGAAUAUUGGGAACUUGACUCGCAUAAGAAAGAUUUAUCUUGGUAACAACAAUUUGACAGGUACUAUACCACAUGGAGUAGGUGAUCUUCCAAAUCUACAGAUUUUGUCACUCAUGGGUAAUAAUCUUAAUGGCCUCGUCCCAUCCACAAUCUUCAACAUGUCCACAAUAAGAGUGAUAUCUAUUAGUAGUAAUAAUCUCUCAGGUAGCUUCCCAACAAACAUAGGCCUUGGAUUUCCAAACAUACAAGAGUUUUAUGCAUCGAGUAAUAAACUCAGUGGAGUAAUUCCCAAAUCCAUCUCGAAUGCUUCUAAGCUCACUGGCCUAGACCUGGGAGGUAACUCAUUUUAUGGCUCUAUACCUAGCUCGCUUUGUGCCUCACCAAACCUUGAGCGGCUGGUCUUGGAAUCGAACAACUUGACGAUUGACAAAUUUACUCCAGAAGUAAAUAUACUCUCUUGCUUAGCCACUCUUACAAAGUUGAGAAAAUUAUGGCUGUCUGACAAUCCACUAAAUGCCAUGCUUCCAUUUUCUCUUGGAAAUCUCUCUACAUCACUUGAAUAUAUGAUAUUAAGGAAUUGCAACAUGUCGGGUAAGAUUCCGAAUGAUAUUGGCAACUUGAGCAGCUUGAUCUUCUUAGACUUCGGAUUGAAUGAAUUGAGUGGAUCAAUUCCAACUACCAUAGGAAGACUACAAAAACUUCAAGUUUUUAACUUGAGUAACAACAUAUUGCAAGGAUAUGUUCCAGAUGAACUUUGUCAGCUGAAAAACCUAGGUGACUUGCUUCUGCAAGGCAAUCAACUCUCUGGUUCUAUACCUUCCUGCUUAGGUGAUCUAAAUGCAUCUCUAAGAAUUCUAUCACUAGGGUCCAAUUUGUUAACUUCAACAAUACCAUCUACCUUGUGGAGGCUUACUUAUAUCCUACACUUGGACUUGUCAUCCAAUUCUCUAAGUGGACUUCUCUCAGAAGAGCUUGGUAAUUUGAAAGUUGUGACAGAUAUAUAUUUAUCAAACAACCAUUUUUCGGGUUCGAUACCAAUUAGCAUUGGAUUUCGCACAGAUCUUGUCAUUCUCAACCUAGCAAACAAUAGUUUAGAAGGCUCUAUUCCUGAUACUUUUAUUGGAUGUCCAAGCUUAGAAUUCUUGGAUUUAUCCAAAAACAAUCUGUCAGGGGUGAUUCCAAAGUCUCUACAAUCACUUUUAUAUCUCAGAUAUUUGAAUUUGUCCAUCAACAGACUCCAUGGAGAAAUUCCAGAAGGUGGAGCUUUCGAACACUUGUCUUAUGAAUCAAUCUUCUCGAAUGGUGAACUCUGUGGUUCACCCCACCUGCAGGUUCCACUGUGUCCAAGUUCAACGAGAAGUACUCCACUGUGUCAAAAUAGAUGCAUUACUAUUUUGAAGUGUAUUAUUCCAGGGAUCCCCUUAGCAAUACUCAUAGUGGCCUUCAUAUGGAGAUUGAUACUGCAUAGAAAAAGGAAUGCAAAAGCUGCAAAAGUGACUACAUUGUUACCACCACAACCUCUUUGGAGAAGAGUUUCAUACAAAGAACUCCGAAGGGCGACAUAUGGAUUUGCUGAAACUAACUUACUUGGCACUGGGGGUCUUGGCUCGGUUUAUAGAGGGACACUGUCAGAUGGGAUUUUAGUGGCCAUUAAGGUAUUCAAUGUACAGUUGGAAGAGGCUUUGACAAGUUUUGACAUGGAAUGUAAAAUGCUAAGUACUAUACGUCAUCGAAAUCUUAUCAAAAUCAUCAGUUGUUGCAUUGAUAUUGAUUUUAGAGCUUUGGUACUUGGCUACAUGCCUAAUGGGAGCCUUGAGAAGUGGUUGUACUCUGAUAACUUUUCGCUGAGUAUCCUGCAGAGGUUGAAUAUUUUGAUAGAUGUUGCAUUGGCAUUGGAAUACCUCCAUCAUGGUUACGAAACAACGAUUGUCCAUUGUGAUUUGAAGCCCAGCAACAUACUACUAGAUGAUGAUAUGGUUGCACAUGUUGCUGAUUUUGGCAUUGCGAAGCUCUUAGGUGGAGGAGGUUCUAUGUCUCAAACCACGACCCUAGCUACAAUUGGGUAUAUGGCUCCAGAGUAUGGAAUGGGAGGAAUAGUUUCCAGAAGAGGGGAUGUGUAUAGUUUUGGUAUUAUACUGAUGGAAACAUUCACAAAAAGGAAGCCAACAGAUGACAUGUUUGUUGGACAAAUGAAUCUAAAGCAAUGGGUUGCAAAUUCAUUGCUUUCGGAUGCAAUAGUUGAAGUUGUGGAUUCCAAUUUAAUUGGGACUCAAGAAGAAGAUGAAGAUUUUGUGAGCAAGAGGUAUUGUUUGUCAUGCAUUAUGAAUUUAGCCAUGGCUUGUUGUGAAGAAUCACCAGAAAAUAGGAUGAAUAUACAAGAUGCUCUCUCCACGCUCAAUAAAAUCAAAAAAAAGUUUUUGAAAGACACUGCAGGAGGUAUGCUACCAAACGUCCUCUUGUUCAGCAGACGUUCCAUUGAGGAAUUCUAUAGCAUAUUUCAUGGCUUUUAAUUCACUCAUAUACGUAAUUAUGUAAACUAUUGUUGUAAUACUUGUAAACUUUGUU